AUGGUGUUGUUUAAGAUCUAUCAGCGAAGAAUCCGGAAGAAAUCGGAUUCGUUGCGAUCAAAAUAUCGACGUGAAGAUGAACAGCAACGGGAGAUGGAGAAUCGAAUGAAAGAGAUCGCUAAUAGGCUAAAGAGCAAAAUUCGUUCAAUUUUCAGUUCACCAAAAUUUCCUAUAUUCACUGGAGGUACGCCCUUGCAAUCAAGCAGCUUCAAAUGUGAAGAAGCAGUUCCAAUUGUUGACGACAAGACCAAAGAUCCUGAUUCCUAUUUUUCAACAGUAACUACCAAUGCAGUCAGCAAGCUCACAACGACUGCUUCUGCUGGCACCGUUACUGGUAUCACAUCGUCAGAAGAGAAAUCUACUGUCGAGACAGUCCAGAUGGAAGCACCAGAUGUCGCUGCAACUGUGCACGCUGUGGCCAAGGAAUGGCAAGGCCAAGAUUCUCGUCCACCGUUAAUCGGCAUCAUUGCUGUGCCAAAGAAACGGCACAGUUCAGAAUCAAAGCAGAGCACUGCCGCUGAGAGUGCAACACCAACGGGAACAACAACUGGCCAAUUUCCUACUACGAAAGUUGAAUUGUCAUCGCCGUGCACCUACACGAAAUCAGAGGAGCCGUUAAGGACAGAAUCGUCGGCAUUCAGGGCAGGAAACGAGCUGAUGGCGGUAACGAAUCAGCUGUCGAAUGAGGCUGAUCAAGCAGCACCGUACACGGGACCGUUCUUCCCAUACUGGACAGCGCGUCGAUUCGUGUUGACAAAAGUGGAACCGAAUACGUCACCAUCAGGGCGAAGUCAUGGCACGAAGAUCGUAACCUCCGAGCAUAGCAUAUGGGCUCACAGUGGCAACGGGCGUACAACUAGCGACUGUGUGAAGGAAGUCGACAGGUCGAAGGACGCAAAGCGCCCGAACGAGACCCAACCUCGUGACGUCUACGAAUUGCGUCGAAAACUACAGCGUCUACGAGCGAAUGAGAUCUCAUUGGGAAUGAAGCAAGUUCUUAAUGAAUCAAGAAAACGUAAUCAGCCGAGUGGAUCUACUUCAAUAGCACAACUUAGGCAUGCUGGUGCAAUCACUGCCACAAAGAAUCAACCAGAUACUCCAACGAAAACAUUAUCACCACAAAAAGGUGUCUAUAUGGAAACGAAAGGGCUUUAG